AUGUUUUCGACCCCGUUAAAGAACAGAAUGGACUACGGGUCGACGCCGUUUAAUCCAACGCAGAAUAAUAAUGCUGGUAGUAUGCAAGAUGGUAAACACAACGAACUGAACAACUCUGUACCGAAUAUGAUCUCAAUGCAAUCCAACUUGAAUAGCAAUCCUGGUGCUAUGGCAAGUGCGCUAGCUAACAACCAUUCUCUGGAUUCUACAGCCUCAAUAAACUCCAACUUUGCGGACGUUAAUGAACAUAUUAGAGUUAAUGGGAUUGGAACGAAGGAACCCUUGCAUUUAGCUUCGGAAUACGUUGAUCAUUUGUAUAAUAGGGACUUGAACACUCCAGUGCUGGACGAAAGAUCAUACUAUAACAAUGGUGUGAACUACAACUUUAGCAGGGAGGUCGGUGGUCUUGGCGCCUUUACCCCGUUUGAAAGGACUUCCGUUAUUAACAUCCCUGACAAACUGUUGCAGGAAGCAUCCAAGACUGAAAUUAAAAGCGACAUGGGUCUGUUCCCACAGCUGGACAGAUGCUGGAUUACAAUUGAUAAUAAAUUGAUCCUGUGGAAUAUUAAUGAUCCAAACGACUUUCAAUGUAUCGAAGAAAUCAAGCAUACUAUUUUAAGUGUCGCAUUGGUCAAGCCAAAGCCAAACACAUUUGUUGACGCUGUGAAACAUUUGUUGCUGAUUUCGACACCUUUCGACAUCUACAUCUUGGCAGUAUCUUGGGAUAAAAAAACCAACGACCUAAAUGUCUAUAACAGUGGUAUGAGCGUGUCGAUUAGCGGUAUGGGCCUCUUAGAUAUUGCCUCUUACGAAAAAACUGGGCAGGUAUUUUUUGUGAGUAAGUCGAACGGGUUGAAUGUUUGGGAGUUGCAGUACACUGGAUCUGAUGAUUGGUUCAACAGUAAGUGCAAUAAAGUGUGUUUGACUCAGUCCACCUGGUCCAACCUGCUGCCAACUAACUUGAUGUCCAAAAUUCCAGGUACUAACUUAGUACAGUCUCUUUUCGAAGAAGCCAAAUACACUCAAGAAGUGAUCUCACAAAUGACUGUUGAUCAAUCAAGAGGUAUUAUUUACACACUAUCAUCUAAAUCGUCUGUCAGGGCAUACCGCAUCACUGAUAAGAAAUUGGAAGGUCCUUUCACCAUUGAACCAUCCUAUAUCAGCAGAAUAAUAGGUACCACAACUGCGAGAGGGGCUGCCAUUCUGGGUAAGAAGUAUCUGAAAAUUUCUAAAAUCAUUCCAGUUUCACAGAAGGAAAACGGUGAUCUCUUUUUUAUUUUAUUAACAGUUGGUGGUGUGCGGCUCUAUUUCAACGGUUCCAUUGGCAGAUCAAAUAUCGAAGCUAUCAGACUGGAGUCCAUCAAAUUUCCACCAAGCGCUGUUACACCGGAUGUUUUGGAGCAAGAGAUGCAGCAACAGCAACUUGAACAGCAGAAGAAAAACCUACCAUUCUACUUCAAUUUGUCGUAUUCUGAGUCCAUAUUGCUGAAACUGCAAAAAAAGUCAUCCGUCUUACUGGAAACUACCAAAGUAUCAACUGUUAUAUCUCCAGGUAUUUUUUUCUCUGCUGUGGUUAAAUCUCAUUCUCAACAGAGUCCCCCCUAUAACAGUUCUCAAGUACCAAACAGCACUAUCACCAAUCCGCCAGUGACACCGUUCCAAAGUAGUACAACGAAUACUACAGGUGCUGCCAGAACAGCCACGAACACAGCAACCGCUGCAAAAAACUCCACAGGCACUAUCCAACAGCCAACUGUGCUACAACAUCGGUUAUUCGUUAGUGUACCCGAUUACGGUAUACUGAAGAACCACGGAAAAUACGUUGAAAAUGCUACUUUUCUUGAUACUGAUGGACCCGUGAAAGAUAUCAUACCCUUGUCCCCAUUAUUCAAUGCCACAGACAAACCAGCAGGAUAUGCUAAUGAAUUUGCUACCCAGUACACAACUGACGAUUUCCGUAUUGCCGUUCUCACAAACAGCUCCAUUGAGAUAUACAGAUACCGUACUCCAGACGAAGUAUUUGAAUUGCUAAUUGAUAACCCAUUGCCAUUUGUCUUGAACUACGGUUUAUCGGAAGCAUGUUCCACGGCGUUGUUUGUUACCUGCAAGUUCAACAAACCCGAAUUAUUAAGAUCUGCUGCCUUGACCUUUUUGACUGUUGGUAUCCCAGGGGUUGUUGACAUUAAACCUAGAUAUAAUAGGUACUCACCUUCCACUGUUUCUUCAUUCCUAAACAAACCUUCUUUAUCGGUUACAGGGAGUAGAGGAACUUCUUCCCUAAAUGCCACUACCAACUUCAGCCUGGACGAUGUGAUAUUAUCACCAAGAUUUUAUGGUAUGGCUCUGUUGAUGACGCGUCUUUUUAGAGAUAUCUGGGACAAGCCCAUUUUCCAAGCUGCUACUAAUUUGAAAUACGAUCAGAUGGGAAAUGUCAUUAGUACUCCGGAGCUAAAAGACAAGAGUAUUAUAUCGAGAAUUUCCAUUUCGAAGCCAGAUAUCGAAUACUAUUUAUCAUCUGUGAUGAUUCUAAACGAGUUCUUUUCAACCUACGGGGAUUCAAUCACUCAACUCUCUACCCCAUCACUUGCGGCAGAUCGGAAUGUGGAUAAGGGGGAAGAAGUGGCUAACCAAGCAGAGAAUAUUGCCGUCAACUCAUUGAUCAGACUUGUCUUUUCUGUCAAGGAAUCGUUGUCGUUUUUGAAUGUUCUGUAUGAAGAAAGUGAAAUAGAGGGAUUUGAACACCAAUACCUGGCUUUCGAAAAUAUUUUGAAAGAGUUACAAACGAAUGUCCAAAACAAGUUGCUCAAACUGAAGUUUAAGGACAUAUUCGCUCCAAAUGAAUCGACAAAGGCAUCCAUUCGUGAGAUCCUUCUUUCUAUCAUAAACAGAAACAUUAACAAAGGCGCUUCUAUUGAAUAUACCGCCACCAUUCUACAAGAACGUUGCGGUUCCUUCUGUUCGAGUAACGACAUCCUAAGCUUCAAGGCUUUAGAGCACUUAAAAAAGACGAAGGAAAUCAAAUCUAGCGAUUACGAUGGUAUAUGCUACCAUUUGGAUAAUGCUAUAAAACUACUACAAAGCAUAGCGAACGAGUUAACUGUUGAAAAGUUAAAAGAAGCUGUGUCAAUCAUGCUGAGUGUGAACUACUAUCCAAAAACAAUUGAAUUUCUACUAAAUAUUGCAAAUUCGAUUGACAGAGGGAAGCUAGCUUACCAAUACGUUGCCAAUGGCUGCUUGGAAAAUGACGAGAGGAAGAACUAUUAUGAAAAGCGAAUUGUUAUCUACGACUUGGUGUUUGACACUUUAGUUAAGGUGGAUGAAUUGACUGCAUCCAAUCCUUCAUCAAUCAAGGGACCAUUAUUGAUGUCCAAAGACGCAGUUGCUCUAAAAAAUGAGAGCUACGACAAAGUUUUGCAUUAUGAUGACAAGUUAUUCCACUAUUGCAUGUACGAUUGGCUAGUUUCGCAAGGCAGUGAGGACAGAUUACUUCAACUGGAUACAAAUUACAUCCUACCCUACUUAGAGGAAAAAUCAAAGGGUUCCUUGAAGAUUACAAACUUGAUGUGGAUAUACCAUUCGAGGAAAGGGAACUUUUUAAAGGCUGCAGAAAUUCUGUACAAUCUGGCCAUUUCUGACUUCGAAAUCAAACUAAAUGAGAGAAUUGAAUGUUUGUCCCGUGCGAACAGUUUCUGUAAUAGUGACUGUCCACCAAGCCAAAAGCAAGGUAUGGUUCAACUAACGGGUACCAUUCAAGAGCUUUUUGAGAUUACCAGCGUUCAAGACGAUACUCUAUCAUUGGUGAGCACCGAUACCAGAAUUGCCACAGACAUUAAGGUAGAAUUGAUGAAGAACUUGGACAGUAAUAUUUUACCUGUCAGUGACUUGUUCAACGACUACGCUGUGCCCUUAGGCUAUCAUGAAAUAGCGCUAACCAUUUUCAAGAUUUCUGAUUUCAGAGACCAAGAAGAGAUCAUGGCUAAGUGGGAAGAGCUUUUCGAUUCUUUGAAGAGGGAACUAAAUACCAGCGGAAAGAUUGAGGAUUCGAGAAACUUUAUCGCUCUACUAUCCAACGUUGUUGUGAAGGUUGGUAAGAAAGUUCAUACUUCCGAGUUUGUGUUCCCAAUCUCAGAACUUUUCCCAAGGAUUUGUAACCUCUUCUAUGAAAAUCUUCCUCAUGAUCAUAUAAAGCCAGGUUCUGUCAUCUCCAUUUUUGUUUCCGCACAAGUUUCCUACAACAAAUUAUACUACGUGUUGAAAGAUCUGAUAGAAGUUGGAGAUCCAUCCAAUAAAUUGUUUGAUAGGGAAAUGGUAUGGCUAAUAAAAGAAUGGUUCAAAUCGGACAGAAAGUUGAGUGAUAUCAUACCUUACAAUGAAAUUGAACAACUGAAGGAGUACAGCAUAGAGUCCGACCCGAUUGAGAAAUAUCAUAAGAGAACUGGUAACAGUGUGUGA